CAGCGUGGGUGACAUUGGGGUCACUGCAGGACCGGCUUUGGUUUUUUCUUGGUUAUGUGAUGUGUUUCGCUGUUUUUCCGCUGAAGCUGUUCCGCUCGUAAAUCCAGCUUUUCUGUGUCUGAAGUUUGUAGUAAUCCAGGCUGAGAUGGCCGGCUUCUGCAGGUCCUUACUGCGCUCGGCAGGGUACCGCACGAUGGUGCGGCUGGUGUCUCCGAAGGUCGGCCGCGACGUAGACCGGGGCGCAGCCGGGAUGCUCGGUCACUUAUGCGGCAAGGGUCCGCAAUUCAGCUGCCGCUCACUCGCUGCCCCCCUGGCGGAGCCCGUGUCCCUGCGCGCUUUCUCCACAGAGGCAGGCGUCCCUUUCAAUGAGGAGGAGUACCCUCCUUUACCGGAAUACAAUUCAAGCAGAGAGAGAAAGGAUAAGGAGGUCUUCAUAAUCUUUGCAAAAGGCCUGCCCUGGUCAUGCACGGCCGAAGAUCUCCUCGCGUUUUUCUCAGAUUGCAAGAUCCGUGAUGGGGUGAACGGCAUUCAUCUAAUGCAGAAAGAAAACGGGCAGCCCAGUGGUAAAGCUUUUAUUGAGAUGGAGCGCAAGGAAGACCUGCAGAAGGCUCUGAGGAAGCACAGACAUUAUCUUGGCCCACGUUACGUAGAAGUAAAAGAAGCAUCGGACCAUGACAUCGAAGGCCUACAGGCAGCCCCAGCUCAGCGCUCAGCCCAGGAUGGCGUGGUUAAACUCCAGGGUCUUCCGUACAGCUGUACUGUAGAGGAUGUCACCCAGUUCUUUUCAGGUCUGGACAUCGUUGAAAACGGCGUGAAGUUUGUUCUGGACAAGAGAGGGAGAAGUUCAGGCAUCGCUUUUGUGGAAUUUGCAUCUCAGGAAAUGGCAGAUUUGGCUCUAAAGAGAGACCGAGAGGAAAUAGGAAACAGGUACAUCGAAGUGUUCCCAAGCAGAAAGAGUGUCGUGCCGUCUCAGCAUAGCAGCUGGGGGGCACCAUCCACAACCUCCGCCUCUGAGAGCGCGCCCCCCCAUGACAACUGGAACGAAGCAUCGGACAGUGACACUGAAAGCCCACAGGCAGCUCCAGCCCAGCCCCCGGCCCAGGAUGGCGUGGUUAAACUACGAGGUCUUCCGUUCAGCUGCACUGUAGAGGAUGUAACCCAGUUCUUUUCAGGUCUGGACAUCGUUGAAAACGGCGUGACGUUUGCUCUGGACAAGAGAGGGAGAAGUUCAGGCAUCGCGUUUGUGGAAUUUGCAUCUCAGGAAAUGGCAGAUUUGGCUCUAAAGAGAGAUCGAGAGGAAAUAGGAAACAGGUACAUAGAGGUGUUUCCUAGUCAGAAAAGUUCCAUCACAUCCUGCUUGGGUAGCAGGAGGACAGAGUCUCCCGGGUUCCCAGCCGACAGGAGCAGCGAAUCGCCUCAUCUUCAUCCUCCAAGCAGUGGCAGAUCUGCGAAGGACCCUGCUUCCCUCCAGCACCGUGUCCAUAUGAGAGGUCUGCCCUUCCUGGCUACUGGCCAAGAUGUUGCCAAUUUCUUCUCGCCGCUGCAGCCGGCAAAGAUUUGCAUGGAGUAUGGUGGCGACGGCCGGGCCAGCGGCGAGGCUGACGUCUACUUCCCGUGCCACGAGGACGCUGUGUCGGCCAUGUCCAGAGAUAAGGCCAGGAUGAACGACAGGUACAUUGAACUCUUCCUGAAUUCUGCUGCGGCACAGAGUAAGCCGGACUCUGCAGACGCGGCCUCAGAAAGCGACAGAAGCAGCUGAAGGUCUUAUCCAACAGCAGAUCCAAUGCCGUGGGGGGGGCACUGUCACUUCCUGCGGAUUAUCAGCUCAUGGACAGUUUGUUAAACCUCCCAUCUGCUGCUCUUGCUGUUUUAAACCCGCACAGUCCCAGGCUUGGCUUUGUCUGUACAUUUUAUGUAUUAAAAUAUUUUCUGACCACAA